AUGAAACGUUUUCUUGUCCCCCUUUCAAAAUCGGAUGAAUCUGAUGAAUCUGUUACUUCUAAACAAAUUCGUAAAUCUUCUACUACAAUAAGUGUCAAUGAUCGCGAUAUUCAAAACAAUAUUUUUGAUAUUAGUCAAAACGUUGAAAACGGGCCAAAUCAACCCAACAUUACGUUCCCGAGACGAAACAUCGGUGGAAAACAGAGAUCAUUUAAUGUUUUGUGGUAUUCAAAAUACGAAUGGUUAGAAUACUCGAAAAUUAGAGAUUCGAUAUUUUGUUUUUACUGUCGCCAUUUCACUAGUGAUAAUUCCGGCUAUAGAGAUAAAGUUUUAAUUGUUAAUGGUUAUUCUGAUUGGAAGCAUAUUGGAAACAUGUUAGAAAAACACAAUUCUUCAAAUAUUCAUAAACUGUCUCUUAAAAAAUAUAAAUCGUGGAUAUCCGCUAAAAAAACUGGUUCUGUAGCAACAAAAUUAAAUACACAACUAAAAGAAGACAUUUUAAAAAAUCGGGAAAUUAUGAGAUCGUUGAUCAGAUGCGUGUUAUAUUGCGGGAGACAAGAUAUUGUAAUUUUAAAAAGUAUUGUAGAAGAAAUUCAAAAUGGAAGUAAUUUUUACAGUAUUAUUGUCGAUGAAGCUAAAACCGAAUCAAAUAUAGAACAAAUGAGAAUUUGUGUACGCUACAUAAGUGACAAUCGUAUUAACGAAAGAUUUCUUGGAUUUCUUGAGCUUAAAGAAUUGCAUGCAAAAGCACUUGCCGAUAGUAUUCAACUUUUUUUGUGUUCUAUUAAUUUGGAUAUAAAAAAUUGUAUUGGCCAAUCAUACGACGGAGCUUCUGCUAUGUCGGGGACUAUCAAUGGUGUUCAGCAAUAUAUCCGAGAAAUGUCUAAAAACCCAUGCCUAUAUGUGCAUUGCUAUGCACACAGGCUCAAUCUUGUUUUAGUAGAUGCAUCAAAACAUGUUUCAGCUAUUCAUAAUACAAUUGGUAUAUUAGAAGCAAUUUAUUCAUUUCAGUCGUGUUCUUCACUAAGAAACAGUUUAUUUUUGGAAUCACCAGAAGACAGUGAUAAAAAAUUAAAAAUACCACAGCACUGCGAAACAAGAUGGGUUUCAAAGUACAAAGGGAUACAUUUCUUUAAAAUACGUUUCAAAAGUGUUAUUAAAGCUUUAAAAGAGUGUACUUUGAGUAAAAAAGCAAAAGAAGCUGCAAAAGCUAGAGGUUUAUUAAACCAAUUUGCAACUUUUGAUAAUUUAUUGAUAAUAUUUUGUUUAGAUGAACUUCUAUUUUGCAUAAACUCGUUGUCAGUUUAUUUACAAACAAAAUCUACAGAUUUAAGUAAUUGCAUAACACUUAUUGAAUGUACAAAAGAUCAAAUAAAAAGUAUGAGAACCGAAAACAAAUUUCAUGAUUUAUAUGAAAAAGUUAUUAAAUCUGUAGAAGAAAUCAGUGGUGAAAUGAGCAUCCCAGUUACGAAAAAGAGAAAAAAGAAUGUAUCAUCAAAACGUACAGAUUAUUUUGUGACAAGUUCUAUAGGACAAAAUCAAAUGGACAACAUUUCUGAACAUGAAAUAAAAAUGAGAAGUCAAUACUUUGAAAUAAUUGACAAUAUCGUCGUGGAAAUGAACCGAAGAUUUAAGCAAACAGAACUAAUUGAAGCAGUGGAAGCCUGUAAUCCAAGCUCCAAAAUGUUUUUAGACUUUGACACACUUAUAAAAUUGCCAGGAAUUUCUACAGAUAAUCAAUUUAUUGAAAAGUUGAGAGCACAAUGUGAUUUAGGAAAAAAAAAUCUAGAAGAAGUGUACAGACGAAUUUUAGUUAUUCCAAUUUCAAGUGCUACAGCUGAAAGGAGUUUUUCUACAAUGAGGAGAAUUAAAACGUAUAAUAGAUCGACCAUGACCGGAAAACGUUUACACAACCUAGCUCUGCUAUCGAUUGAACGAGAAAAAAGUGAAGAGUUAAUACAAAAUCCAGACGAAAUUUUAAAUGAAUUUGCUACGGGCCCUUCCUAUUCAGCAGUUCUUUCUUCUUUAGCGGUUCCUUCCUGUUCAACAGUUCUUUCUUCUUCAGCGGUUACUUCUUCUCCAGCAGUUCAUUUAUCGCCAAUGGUUCCUUCCUCUUCACCAGUAUCAUCUUUACCGGCUAAAUCAAUUUAUGAUGAAUUUGCAGACCUGCAGAUUAAACGAUGCACAGAAUGGUGGUGUCCCGUACACUCAAAGUUCGAAUUAUUGGUGAAAUCAGUAAAGCCAACGUCAUAUGAAGACGAACUUUUGAUCAAAAGAGCCAAAUCACGGUUUGUGUACUGGUCAAAAGGAGACACGGUUCGUUGUUGCACUCUGGACAGAAAACACCAAACACCGCCAAAUAAAUAUGUUUUCCCAUCUUUUUGGCCAACAGUGAUGCCUAGUGACAUGGAUAAACUAAGCAAUUCAUUUUCAAAGCUUUAA